ACGUGAUAGGAAGCGUUUCAUAGACACACUGGCGGGAGUUUCGGUUGUUAUUAAACAAGCUAACGGCUUACCGACUGCAAAAGGCUAGAGAUUUCAAGCAACGGUGCUUCUGAAAAGGAACAUUUAUAAACAAACCCUACAUAAAAUUCACUAAACAGGUCAGUGUACAUAGAUGUCUAAUAUGAAGGUUACGGUGGAUAAAAUCCUAUCAUUAUCAGAGAGUGAUGGUGUAGAUGAGCUACAAAAGCAUCUCACUUUGCUGUCUGAUGAUCAGCUCACAACCAUGCUUACUAAUAGUGCUCUGAAAGGGAAGGACACUGGCAUCCUGAUCAAAGCUAUAUUUAAAGGUUCACCGGUAAGUGUUUCGCAUGGUGCUAACCGCAGACUGCUUGUGUACAAGCACUGUAUUCCACUGUGUGAAUCUGGAGACCUGCAGACGGAAGUGGCAUCAGAUAUCAUUGGGCUUCUGAUGUUAGAGACGCACAGUCUGCCUGGUCACGCAUUAGCCACGUUAGCGUCUCUAUAUGUGGAUGCCAUCAAAGUAGGUGAGAUGAAUAGUGGGAGAUCACUGGAACUUUUCCCUACAAUUCUAACAGCUCUUGCCGCUACAGAAGCAUUGGCUUAUGGGAAAGGUGAGCUAAGUGGAGAUGAAUACAAGAAACAGCUGAUCAACAGUCUUUGCUCUAGCAGAUGGGAUCCACAGUGUGUAAUACACCUUACGACCAUGUUCAGGGACGUUCCGUUAUCUGCUGAGGAGCUUCAGUUUUUGAUUGAGAAGAUUCUGCGGAUGUUCCUCAAAUUGGAUCUACAGGAGAUUCCACCUCUGGUCUAUCAGCUGCUGCUGCUGUCUGCCAAAGGCUGUAAGAAGUUGGUUCUAGAGGGAAUCAUCAGUUACUUCAAGAAGCAAGACCAACUUCAGAAAGAGGAGCAGAGAAAUGGAGAGAGUGAAGAUGUGGAGGUGCAGAGCAUACCACAAGAUCAGCUGCGUCACGUAGAAGGAACAGUCAUCCUCCACAUUGUCUUUGCCAUUCGUCUUGACCAUGAGCUCGGCAGGGAAUUUUUUAAAAACCUUAAGAUGGCCCACAGUGAUCCGUUGUGUCCCUUCAGUAUUGCUCUGCUGCUUUCUGUGGCUCGCAUACAACGGUACGAAGAGCAGGUAUUUGAGUUCCUGAAGGGCGCCAUCACUAAGAACUUCAAGGAUGAUCAGAUUCAGCACAGCUCUAAGUUUCUGCAGGAACUGCUGCCUCAGUGUAACAGCAUCUCAAACAUGAUUUUAGACACCAUCAAAAACAGUGUGUUUGGCUGGGAUCAUGUCACUCAAGGUCUGGUGCAACUGGGGUUUAUACUUAUGGAUUCUUUUGGGCCUAAAGCCGGAGCAUUUGGGAAGGUCACAGAAGGAACGUCAAGCACAGCUAAAACGCCAAACCAGCUAGCGUGCCGACUUGGUGGACAAGUUCUUCUUGAGAGCUUCAAGAUGCAUGAACCAAUCAGAGGGGAGAUUCUAGAACAAGUCUUGAACCGACUGGUGACUAAAACGGCCUCACCUGUCACCCAUUUCAUUGACCUUCUUUCCAGCAUUGUGAUGUCUGCUCCCAUGAUCCUCUUGGAAUCUUCCUCUAAGGUCACAGAAACAUUUGAUCAGCUCUCCUACUUGCCCCUCAGCACAGUUCAGGGUCUCCUCAAAGCUGUGCAGCCUCUGCUCAAAGUGAGCAUGUCUAUGAAGGAUGCCCUCAUCCUGGUCCUCCGAAAAGCCAUGUUCUCCAGUAAUUUAGAUGGCAGGAAGUCAGCAGUGGCAGGCUUCCUGUUGCUACUGAAGAACUUUCGAAUUCUGGGGAGCUUAGCUCCCAGCCAGGCCAGUCAGGCCAUUACAUCCAGCCAGGUCCAGGUGGACGUCCACUCGCGCUAUAACACUGCCGCUAAUGAAGCCUUCUGUCUGGAGAUCCUGAGCAGUCUACGCCGCUGCCUCAACCAGCAAGCUGACGUCCGGCUCAUGCUUUAUGAGGGUUUCCACGAUGUCCUUCGUCGUAACUCUCAGCUGACGAGUUCCAUCAUGCAGACCCUCCUGUCACAAUUAAAGCGAUACUUCGAACCAGAGCAAGAUCUGCUUCCGCCUCUAAAGCUGGAGUCGUGCAUCAGCGCACAUGGAGAUCAGGUCUUCAUCCAGGAGCCUCUGGCUCACUUGCUGUGCUGCACGGUUCACUGCCUGCUGUGGAACCAGAACAUACGGUCAGGUGGCAAUGUGAGCGAUGAUGAUGAUGAUGAUGAUGAAGAUGAGGAGGGUGGAGUCCAAAGUGAACUGCACGCUAUAUUGGAAAGCAUAACGAAGCGCAUGAUUAAAAGCGAACUGGAGGAUUUUGAGUUGGAUAAGUGUGCCGAAUUUUCAACAAGUUCCAGUGUUGGAGUGAAGAACAGUAUCUAUGCUGUGCUGGUGAUGGGACUGAAUGAGGUUCUCAUGGAGUACAACUUCAUCACUGCCAAUUACAAUAAGAACCAUUUUGAGGACGUUCUGGAGCUGUUCAAGCGCUAUCAUAAGGUGUCUGAUAUCCUAAAGGAACGGGCAGGGAAAAGCCGCCCCACGUCCAGCAAAACCUCUCGCAGCCUGCUGUCUCUAGGCUUCAUCUCCACACUGCUCACUGCCCUGUUCAGAGACAGCACUCAGAGCCGCGAGGAGAGCCUGUCUGUGUUGCGUUCCAGCGGAGACUUCCUGCGCUACUCUGUGAGUGUGGCUCUGCAGAAGAUCCAGCAGCUGGAGGAGACGGGACACACAGACGGGCCGGAGGGACAGAGCCCUGAUAAAACCUUCCGCCACCUCUGUGACAUCACCAGUGUGCUAAUGUGGCGCUACACCAACGUGCCGUCGACUGUGGAGGAUGCUGGGAAGAAGGAGAAAGGCCAGAGUGUGUCUUUACUAUGUCUGGAGGGUCUACUGCGAGUCUUCACCACCGUGCUACAGCGAUACCCGACACGCAUGAGCAACUUCCUGUCAUCUCUCGAUGUUUCAGGGGAAGGAGAGGCAGAGGGUGAAGGGUCUGAUCUGACAGAGCAAACAGCUUUCUACAUCCGCCAGUUUCAGCGAGCGCUGAUGAACCAGCUCAGCGGGGGAGAGGAGGAGUUCAACAGUAAAGAAGCUCAGUUAUUGGUCAGCAUCCUCAGUGUACUCUCACGGCAUCUCAAUCCUUCCUCUCAGCAGUUUGUGCAAAUGAUCACCUGGACUGUGAAAAUUUGUAAGGAAACCAACUUCGAGGACAUCUCACUCACUAAGGGCUUGCUGUCACUGCUGUUCAACCUGCACGUCCUGUAUAAAAGCCCAGUGUCUCUGCUCUGGGAGAUGUGCCAGGACAUACACAGCCAGCUGGGAGACAUUGAUCAGGACGUAGAGGUGGAGAAACAGUCUCAUUUUUCCAUCAUCAGCAUGAAAACUGCUGCAUCCACCACACUUCUAGUCUUGUCUCAAGUUGGAAAGGUGUUGGAUGAAGUCGACUGGUUGAUCGCCAAGAAGAAGGGCCAGAUUAGCUCCGACAGAACAAUUUCAGGAAACACCCAGCAGCCACUAGGCCAGCAGGACCCGAUUGAGAAGGCUGUCAUGAUUCAGUUAGGCACGCUGCUAACAGCUCUGCACGAGCUGGUUCAGACCGCCCUGCCCCCGGGACCCUGCACCGACACACUAAUGAGAGAGCUCAGUCGAACCUACAGCAUCCUGACUACACUUACCAAAUAUUAUAUUCAGCUGUGUGCGACCCAACCUGGCCAGCUACCUGCACGUUUGGAGAAAUUGGUGAAGCUGUCAGGGUCUCAUCUCACUCCUCAGUGUUACUGUUUCAUCACGUAUGUACAGAGUGGAGAGCUGAUGGCAGGAGGCCCGGAAAAGUUGAAGAAGAAGAAAAAAGAAGAUGAGGCGGUAGCAGCUGCUUCAGCUAAAGUCCUUCGUGAAACUAAAGCCAUCCCGAAUCUCAUUUUCAACAUUGAACAGUAUGAGAAGUUUCUCAUUCUUCUUUCCAAGAAAUCCAAGGUCAAUCUGAUGCAGUACAUGAAACUGAGCACUUCCAGAGACUUCAGAAUCAAUGCUGCCACAUUGGAAGCUGCACUGCAGGAACAGGAACAGCAGCAGGAUGAAAGCCAACAGGUGUGUCUUUGUUUAAAUGUUCAUACACAGACAGUGCUGUGGGUUUGGUCUCUUCAUCUUCUUUAUUUCUUUCUUUAGACUGAAGUUUCUCAGGUUUCAGAGGAAAAUCAAGCACCAAAGAAAAAGAGGAGGAAGCAGUGAAAAAAGAGCUUCUAGUCCUUUGCACUUUUUAACCACCCUGUUCAUUCAUUUCUCUCAUUUCAACACUGAGUUCGCACUAGGGGUGGCCAUUUAUGUGUUGAGAGAGAGACUGAAUCACCUGCGUUUAUUCUUUUCGUGCCACAAAUAUUAUUAUAUCCUUGUAGCUUAUUGUUUUCCUUUGGCCAACGACCCUUUGGUGAUCUCUAUAAUCUGAUAAAUGUCCAACGCCUCACCUGUUGAUAUGUAAAAACAGGAUCAAGUUGGUUCCCAGUGGCACAUCAACAAUAUAUAAAGAAUCCAUUUCUAACUCUGGUUUAAUUAAUACAUUGUAGUAUUUCAUUUUAUUUGAAUUUAUAGUGUUAACAAGUUCAUGUUCACAAAAUGCUGCUAUAAUCUUAAUAAACAAAUGUCCACAUA